AGUAUUUGAUGGAUCUAGCCAAACUGUGGCAAAGGGAAGUGCCCCUUCAUUAACAGGGAUGUGCCACUGUUUAUGCACUGGAAAGGGGAGUGCCAUGAGAUCUACUGAAGAGACUAUUUCUGUGGUUGCGUAUCUACAUGUGUUUGCACCUCUGCUGGGACUGAAUUAGGUGGUACGGGCAUCUUGGACCAUCGGGUGCUGGGCAGCAACUUUUUUUUUUGUUCAAGGUGUACCUGGCACGAGAACUGAAAGACACCGCAGAUCUAUUUCAGAGACGCAAACCGAGCGAGACAAUCUCCAGCCUUUCCCUUCUGUAACUGCCUGCUAUACCAUGGGAUGUCGGCAAAGCUCUGAGGAGAAAGAGGCAGCGCGGCGGUCCCGUAGGAUUGACCGCCACCUGCGCUCUGAAAGUCAGCGACAACGAAGAGAGAUAAAGCUCCUUCUCCUGGGUACCAGCAACUCUGGGAAGAGUACUAUUGUAAAGCAGAUGAAAAUCAUUCAUAGUGGUGGCUUUAACUUGGAGGCCUGUAAGGAAUACAAACCUCUGAUUAUCUAUAACGCAAUUGACUCUCUCACACGUAUCAUUCGGGCUCUAGCCACCCUUAAGAUAGAAUUUCACAAUCCUGACAGAGCAUAUGAUGCUGUGCAGCUUUUUGCCCUGACAGGCCCAGCUGAGAGCAAAGGUGAGAUUACCCCUGAGCUUCUGGGAGUCAUGAAACGGCUCUGGGCAGACCCUGGUGUGCAGGAGUGUUUUUGCCGCUCCAAUGAGUACCACCUAGAGGAUAAUGCUGCAUACUACUUAAAUGACCUAGAAAGGAUUGCAGCGCUGGACUACAUCCCUACAGUGGAAGAUAUUCUGCGUUCUCGGGACAUGACCACAGGGAUUGUAGAAAAUAAGUUCACCUUCAAAGAACUGACUUUCAAAAUGGUGGAUGUGGGUGGACAGAGGUCUGAACGCAAAAAAUGGAUCCACUGUUUCGAGGGGGUUACAGCAAUAAUUUUCUGUGUGGAGCUGAGUGGAUAUGACUUGAAGCUGUACGAAGAUAACCAAACAAGUCGAAUGGCAGAAAGUUUGCGUCUCUUUGAUUCCAUCUGCAACAACAAUUGGUUUAUCAACACUUCCCUCAUUCUUUUUUUGAAUAAGAAAGAUCUGCUGGCAGAAAAAAUCCGGCGCAUCCCCUUAACAGUCUGCUUUCCUGAGUACAAAGGCCAAAACACUUAUGAGGAGUCAGCAGUCUACAUCCAACGCCAGUUUGAGGACUUGAAUCGCAACAAGGAGACCAAGGAGAUCUACUCACACUUCACCUGCGCCACUGAUACCAGUAACAUACAAUUUGUCUUUGAUGCAGUGACAGAUGUCAUCAUUCAGAACAAUCUCAAAUAUAUUGGCCUCUGCUAAGAAUCCUUGGGCUCAAAUUUGUUUUCCUGAAGUGAUUAAAAAGGGGCUAACCACUUCCACUUUUAGUGGGAAAAAAUGGGGCAAUGCAUAGUAGCCCAAGGAGAGAAAAGGGGAAAUCUGAUGUAUGUACACAGUUCCUCUUAUGUCCCCUUAACCUGCUACAUCAUUUUUCAAAAAUAUAUGUUCUGGAGAGUAAACACUUCCUCUCCAAAAAAACCCCACAACACCCUCAGUGAAAAAACAAACCCCAACAACUCAAAAACCCCAAACAAAAAAAAAAAAAAAAAAGAAAAGAAAAAGAGAUUGAGGCCUAACUCUGUGGAGAUGUUUUCACCACAGUCACUGCACUUUUAUUCCAUUUGUUUCAUUCCAUUUCCUACAGUGGAAGUGUUAUCAUGUUCUAUGUAAGAAAUAAUUCUUCAUCCAGUUGUCCUAAAAUUUCACUGACAUGAAGAUACAAAGCUGGUGAGGGACAGAUGAAGUCAUUUGCAGGGUGUGGAGCAGAAUGGUUGUGUUGGGGAGAAAAGCUAGUUCAAACCAGAAGCUACAGAACAGAUUUUAAGCAAAAUACUACUUAAAUUUGUAGAGAAUGGGCAUGCACCCAGAAUAUUGGCACACACAGCCAAACAAUAUAUACACGUACAUCGUGCACACACAUGCACAUGACUCACAGCAUAUACUAUGUACGCACUUCUGCUUUACUUCACUGUUUAUCAUGGACACCUGGCCUGUUAAAGGAAUUCCUGGUGCACAACUGUUCUGUGAUUUCCAAACUGACUAGCAGCUCUUUCUGCUCUUUAAGGCUUCAAAUAUGCAGCAAAACUACAUAAAAUGAAAUCUAUGAAUAGGCCACAUUAAGGUCAGUGUUUCUUCUACUGGUAAGGAGUUUUAUACAUCGAAACAGUCUUCUUUUACAUCUUUUUUUGCCAAAUCUUGUGGUGUAUCACAAAAAACAAACUAUAUUUAAGAAGUAGGUUAGUGUUCCUUUUUUAAUACAGAUAAAAAAAAAUAAAUCACAAGGCAAUUUUUUAAAUUAUUGUUGUAGUGUCUGGAUUGCUGAAUGUGAAAGUUGCCAACGGACAAUUCUGUUCCACCGCUCCAAAUAUAUUCUGGGAAUUGUAAUAUUGUAACAGAUUUCCCAAGAAGCAGGAGCCAUGGAGAUUGUGUAGUAUAUAGCCUCCAAAGUCUUUUUUUGGUUGUUUUUUUUUUAAAUUAUUUUAAAAAUGUGAUGUAUUAUUAGAAGGUUAAAGAUGAGCGAUAUGAACAAUAACUAAAUGUCUUGAUAUUUCAAUUUAAUAAUUUAAAUUAUUUACAGUUUAGUGAAGUUAAGGAAACUGAAGAGAUGCAUUCCUCAGCUCCAGGUUUCAUCUCAUAAAGAAACACUACUGGAUGGAGUAACAUUCCAGCAAAAGUUUGAAUGCAUAAGAAGCUCUGUGGGACUAUACUGGAAAAAUCUCAAAUGGAUCAUAUAGACCUAAGUCUUUGGUCAGUUGAUUCUUUCCCCUGCCAUAGAAAAGACUUCUUAAAGACUUCAGUGUAAAGUUGGUGUGUAAAUAUAUGUUUGAUAAUUGUAAAGCACAUACAUACACAGAGACACAGACACACAUGCACACUGGAAAAUAACCUUUUACUUUUGUUCCCCCUAUGUACUAUAAUUAGUGCAAGAAAUCUCAGCCAAGGGCUCUAAGAAAUUUAAAACAAAAUGGUUAAUUACAUCAACAUCUAAAUUGUCCACUUCAAAAAAUAAAUAAUUCAAAUCAUA